UUAUUCACUCCUCUUACUCUCUUGCAACUCUACCAACUCCACUCUACUCUAACCUGAAACCAUGCACGCAUCCGAGUACGACUAUCUCUUCAAGCUUCUUCUCAUCGGCGACUCUGGUGUUGGCAAGUCCUGCCUGCUCCUACGGUUUGCGGAUGAUACCUACACCGAGAGCUACAUCUCUACCAUUGGUGUCGACUUCAAGAUCAGGACUAUUGAACUCGAGGGCAAGACUGUCAAGCUCCAGAUCUGGGAUACAGCAGGUCAGGAGCGUUUCCGCACGAUCACCGCCUCGUACUACCGGGGCGCGCACGGUAUCAUCGUCGUCUACGAUGUAACAGAUAAUGACACCUUCACCAACGUCAAGCAGUGGCUGCAGGAGAUUGACCGCUUCGCAUCCGAGGGCGUGAACAAGCUGCUCGUGGGAAACAAGUCCGAUCUGACAAACAAGAAGGUCGUCGAGUACACGGUAGCGAAGGAGUUCGCCGACCAACUCGGGAUCCCCUUCCUCGAGACGUCCGCCAAGAACGCGACCAACGUCGAGCAGGCCUUCUUGACCAUGGCAAAGCAGAUCAAGGACCGCAUGGGAUCUACAUCAACCCCGGCGGGCGGCGCGUCAAAGGGCGGUGUCAAGGUUGGGCAGGGGCAGGCCGUCGGCCAGCAGACCUCCAACUCAUGCUGCUGAACGCUAGACGUUUCUCUGCUGUAUGUAUGCCCGGCGGGCGGUUUCUCUCGACUACUAUGCUUAGAACGGGCGCGAGGGCGUGCAUCCUGCCGACGGGAUCGGAGGGAGUGCCGUGUCUUCUCUUCGGUCGGUCAACGUACUCUCUGAUGAAAUCGUCUCUUUGUCAUUAUCCCAUCUCCUCUUAUCCCACGUAUUUCCUAUUUCCCCUCUCCCGCUCCCGCACGGUGCGCGUCCCGCUCUCUUGUCUUCCGUUGGCAUACUGUUAGGCUCUGUCCGUCUCCAAUCUACUUCUUU